CACCUUCAACCACCCUGUCUACUACAACGACGACCACCACCAUGCCAACACCUGUUGAUUUCUUACCCAAUGGAUGCCCUCUGAACCCUCUUAUCCACUGGCUGCUGCCUCACCCAACGGAUUGUAACGCCUUCUACUACUGCGUUUGGGGAGAUUUGGUGUUGAGACACUGCCCUGCCAAUUUACAUUUCAACAGAACGAUUCAGAAACGGUGCUGGACUAUUCAAUUGGAUCUGAAACUCACAAUGAAAGGAAUAAUAACAUUAUUGGUCAUCGUGUACGCGGCCGUGGGGCGGGCCCAACUAGAAGAAUGCCCGAAAGAACAGGAAUCAAACUGGGAAAUUGAAUGGUUGCUGAGACACGACGAUUGUGAAAAGUUUUAUAAAUGUACAUUUGGUAAACCCGUUGAGAUGAGUUGCCCGCCUGGUCUUUGGUUCAACCUGAAUACAUGGCGUUGUGACUGGCCACAAAACGUAGAUUGUGAGGACCGUAAUAUUCCUGGGGACCCAACAACGAGUUCGACAACAACAACAACUACGACACCACCGCCAACCACCCCGUCUACUACAACAACGACUACGACACCACCACCAACCACCCUGUCUACUACAACGACUACAACGACUACGACACCACCGCCAACCACCCCGUCUACUACAACAACGACUACGACACCACCUACAACCACCCUGUCUACUACAACGACUACGACACCACCUUCAACCACCCUGUCUACUACAACGACGACCACCACCAUGCCAACACCUGUUGAUUUCUUACCCAAUGGAUGCCCUCUGAACCCUCUUAUCCACUGGCUGCUGCCUCACCCAACGGAUUGUAACGCCUUCUACUACUGCGUUUGGGGAGAUUUGGUGUUGAGACACUGCCCUGCCAAUUUACAUUUCAACAGAACGAUUCAGGUUUGUGACUGGCCUUGGGCCGCCGGAUGCCCAGCCUCGUUCAACAAACACUUGCCAUCCAGACAGUUACUGAGAUACCCUGGUGAACAUCACCGGUGCAGCAUGACGAGUAAGAAGUACACUUCGCGCUUGUUGCUGGACAACGGCAGUACAGCGAACUUUAUUACGCAGAGUUUAACUGAGAAGUUGGUGUCACUCCCGAGCUUACUUACUUUUGAGAGCUUGACAAUGUUUCGUCUAAACAUUCGCGAUCACUCGAAAAUCGGAUGUGUGAGCAACAAUUCGCUCAAAACACGUUUUGCAACCAUGAUGUACAUGUCGAACAUGGGUGGGCGGGGAGAGGUGGAGGGUAUGAGUUCCAGAAUAAUUAGCGUGGAUGCUGCCAUGGUAGCUUAUGAGAAGGGGAGAACGGCAGACCUUAUAGGAUGUGUCAGGGCUUCAGAACAUCAUGAAGUCAUCGUGUACGAGAACAGGGGUGAGGACUUGAGUUUCCUCAAAAAGCCAGUUCGAUACGCGCUGAGGGUGGAUUCUCCAAGCGGCUUAGAGCAUCUACAACAAAGAUAUUGGCAACAAAGCGCUCUGCGACAACAUCAACAAAACACCGAGAGGGAAAAUAAAAAAUUAGAAUCACGAAGUAGAGUGUGGGCAAUAACAGCGGCCGUAAGCUCAGUAACCGGAUUGAUUUCGUCACCCUUCAGGAAAAAUGUGGUCAAAUCUGCUCAAGGAUUAGGAGGCGCUCAAAUACAGUCUCCUCCCUCCAGGUCAUCACCAACAAGAGCAGCUAUGGGUCGCGUUUGUCCGCCGAGGCUUCGACAAGCGUCCACUACCAGAGACCAUGCCGUAAAUGCUUUUCUCGAGUUUACCGCAGUGGUGGAGGCAACCAGGCAGGUCAACAUGCGGAAAUGCGAAUCCAUUCUGCAGACUUACCUGCUAGGAAACGAGCUAAUAUUUAAUGAUAGAAUCGAAGCAGCAGGAGCAGUCAUAUACGACAACAAUGCUUCGAGGGUACUGAGAGGAACCUCUAUAACUCGAAGAAUAAUUGCAUCAUUGGUCAUCGUGUGCACGGCCGUGGGGCGGACCCAAUUACAAGAAUGCCCGAAAGGACAGGAAACUAAUUGGGAAAUUGAAUUGUUGCUGAGACACGAGGAUUGUGAUAAAUUUUAUAAAUGUACAUUUGGUAAACCCGUUGCAAUGAGUUGCCCACCGGACCUUUGGUUCAACCUGGAAGAAUGGCGUUGUGACUGGCCACGAAACGUAAAUUGUGAGGACCGUAAUAUUCCUGCCCUGUCAACAACGAAGAGCUCGAUAACUACCUCAAUUACUACUUCGACUAUGCCAACCUGCACCACCUUCGUACCUCGACCACCUAGUCAUCCCAAUGGAUGCCCUAUAGACCCAAGCAUCCACUGGUUGCUGCCUCACCCGACUGAUUGUUCCGCCUUCUACCAUUGUGUCUGGGGAAGACUAGUGUUGAGACACUGUCCUGCCAAUUUACAUUUCAACGCAAAGAUUCAGACAACAACGACGAGCUCGACAACUACCUCAACUACUGCUUCGACUACUACGACUACGACUCCGACUACGACUACGACUCCGCGUUCCACCAGCACCGUCACCCCCUCCACCGUAUUUACAACUCGACCACCUAGUCUACCCAAUGGAUGCCCUAUAGACCCAAGCAUGCACUGGUUGCUGCCUCACCCAACUGAUUGUUCCGCCUUCUACCAUUGUGUCUGGGGAAGUCGAGUGUUGAGACGCUGUCCUGCCAAUUUACAUUUCAACGAAUUCAGACAGUCGGAUUUGUAUCUCACAAUGAAAGGAAUAAUUGCAUUAUUGGUCAUCGUUUGCGCGGCCGUGGGGUGGUCCCAAUUACAAGAAUGCCCGAAAGAACAGGAAACUAAUUGGGAAAUUGAAUUGUUUCUGAGACACGAGGAUUGUGAUAAUUUUUAUAAAUGUACAUUUGGUAAACCUGUUGCAAUGAGUUGCCCUCCGGACCUUUGGUUCAACCUGGAAGAAUGGCGUUGUGACUGGCCACGAAACGUAGAUUGUGAGGACCGUAAUAUUCCUGCCCAGACAACAACGACGAGCUCGACAACUACCUCAACUACUGCUUCGACUACUACGACUACGACUCCGACUACGACUACGACUCCGCGUUCCACCAGCACCGUCACCCCUUCCACCGUAUUUACAACUCGACCACCUAGUCUACCCAAUGGAUGCCCUAUAGACCCAAGCAUUCACUGGUUGCUGCCUCACCCAACUGAUUGUUCCGCCUUCUACCAUUGUGUCUGGGGAAGUCGAGUGUUGAGACGCUGUCCUGCCAAUUUACAUUUCAACGAAUUCAGACAGAUUUGCGACUGGCCUUCGAACGCCUCAUGUCGAGUUUGAUUUCAAGACUGUCACUGAGUUAAUUUACCUGAAGACCACAUGACUGCAACGAAUUCAAAUGAGACAAUAUGAAAAUGUAUAUUUCUUAUAAUAAUAUUUUGUACCUAACAAUAUUUUUGUAAAUAAAAUCUAAGCAAGCUUAUA